AUGUCGUCGUCCAUCUCGCAGUUCUACAUCCUCUCGACACGCGGCGAUACCAUCAUUUAUUCCGACUUUCGAGGCGACGUGUCGAGUACGUCGGCCGAAGUGUUUUUCCGGAAGGUCAAGUUCUGGGAAAAGGGCGACGCGCCCCCGACGUUCCACGUCGACGGUGUGAAUUACCUCUACGUGAAGAAGAACGGCCUGUACUUUGUUGCGACGACGCGGUACAAUGUGAGUCCGAGUUACGUGCUGGAGCUCCUCACGCGCCUCUGCCGCGUGUUUAAAGACUAUUGCGGCGUCUUGAGCGAAGAGACACUCCGGAAGAACUUUAUCCUGUGCUACGAGCUCCUGGACGAGACGCUUGACUAUGGGUUUGCCCAGGACACGAGCACAGAGGGCCUCAAGGUGCACGUGCACAAUGAAGCGAUCCUCGUGGGCGACGCGAUGCUGUCGAAACCCAAAGCGAGCUCCAAGUUUAUGAACCGCAGCUCGAACAUUAAAGCCGCGAGUGCCGUGAAAAAACCCGUGGCAACAGCAGGACAGAGCUCGAAGAAACAGGACGAGAACGAACUGUUUUGUGACAUUCUCGAGCGCCUGAACGUCGUGUUCUCCUCGGGUGGCCAGAUGCUCAAUGCGUCGAUUGAAGGACGGAUCCAGCUCAAGAGCUACUUGUCGGGCAACCCGGAGCUGCGACUCGCGCUGAACGAAGACUUGGUCAUUGGAAGCACGGGCGCACGCCAAUAUGGACAGGUCGUGCUGGACGACUGUAAUUUCCACGACUGCGUGCAGCUCGAUGAGUUUGAGCGCGACCGUGUGCUGAUUUUCCAGCCACCAGACGGAGAGUUCACUGUCAUUAACUACCGCAUUACGGGCGACUUUCGCGCUCCUUUCCGGAUCUUUCCGUUCGUCGAGGAGCUGUCGCCAACAAAGAUUGAAAUGGUGCUCAAGAUACGCGCCGACAUGCCGGAGAACAACUACGGUGCGAAUGUGAUUAUCCGCUUCCCCGUGCCGCAGUCCACGGUAGCCGUAUCGUGCGACAUUGGCAAGAGUUCAGCUGGUCAGUUGGCAGAAUACCGCGAAAACGAGAACCAAGUGCGCUGGGCGAUCAAGCGCUUCACUGGCGGCUCGGAACUCACGAUGCGUGCGAAGCUCACGCUGGGUCAGCCGAGCCCGCAUGUGCGGCGUGAAAUUGGCCCCGUUAGCAUGAACUUUGAGAUUCCCAUGUACAAUACAUCAAGUCUGCAGGUGCGGUACCUGCGCAUCCCGGAGCACGCGCGUCACCCGAACUACACGUACAAGCGAUGGGUGCGCUACGUAACACAAUCCAGCUCGUACGUGUGCAGGAUCUAG